ACUAACUCAUAAAAAUCAUACAAUUACACUCUAAUUAUUCCAAACAAUUAAGUUAAUUCAAGUAAUUAAGAGCUCAAAAUGGAGGCACUUUGGGUAUUGUCAAUACUCUUCAUAUUUUCAUACUUUAUACUUCACUUUUUUACUAAAACACAAAAAAAUCUACCACCAGGGCCUCCAAAGUUACCUUUAAUAGGCAACCUCCAUCAAAUUGCAUCAAAAACCACCCUCCCUCACCACCGCCUCGCCGAGCUAGCAAGUGUGCACGGCCCUAUCAUGCACCUCCGCCUAGGAGAAGUGCCUACGGUGAUCAUUUCCUCGGCGGAGAUGGCGAAAAAAGUGAUGAAAACUCAUGAUUCUUUGCUUUGUAAUAGGCCAACAAUGUUAUUGACAGAAGUAGCGCUCUAUAACUCUAGUGACAUUGCUUUUUGCCCCUAUGGGGACUACUGGCGCCAAGUUCGUAAGAUCGCCACCCUCGAACUCCUUACCAACCGCCGUGUUCAGUUGUUUCGGCCCAUAAGAGAGCAGGAAGUUGUGGAGUUUGUCAAGUCUUUAGCUUCUCAAGCUGGCUCCGUGGUUAACAUUAGUAGCCUGAUUUUUUCCCUCUUGUUUGACAUCACUUUAAGAUUAGGAAUGAACAAGAAAGGCAAAGAUGGAGACGCGUUUAAAACACUUGUAGGAGAUGUGACAGCGAUUACCUCUGGCUUGUCAUUUGGAGACCUAUAUCCAUCAUUGAGAUUUAUAAGUACCAUUAGUGGACUAAAAGGGCAACUUCAAAGGAUAGUCAAGAGAAUUGACAAUUUAAUGGAUCCUAUAAUUGAAGAGCAUAUGUCUAACAAAAAACAAGGUAUUGAAGACGAAGAUGUGAUUGAUGCUCUUCUAAAAUUUCACAAGGACAACGUACGUCUUAACACCGAUUUUUCUCUCACUACCAACAACAUCAAGGCCAUAGUUUUUGAGUUAUUUGUUGCUGGGAGCGAAACAACUUCAACAGUAAUCGAAUGGGCAAUCUCUGAAUUGUUAAGGAACCCUGGAGUUAUGAAAAAGACACAAGAUGAGGUGAGACAAAUUUUAAAAGGAACUGAGACAUUAAUUAAUGAGGAAAGUCUAGACAAGCUAAAAUACUUGAAGCUUGUAAUCAAAGAAACUUUAAGGCUUCAUCCUCCUUCCCCUCUUUUGGUUCCAAGAGAGUCCAUAGCAAGAUGUGAAAUUGAUGGUUAUGAAAUAUCUUCAAAAACUCGAAUUUUCAUUAAUGCAUGGGCUAUUGGAAGAAGUCCAAAAUAUUGGACAAACCCUGAAAAAUUUAAUCCCGAAAGAUUUGAAGAAUCUUCAGUUGAUUUUAAGGGAAUGCAUUUUGAGCUAAUUCCAUUUGGCUCAGGAAGAAGGAUUUGCCCGGGAAUGGGACUAGGUAUUGCCACAAUCGAGCUCGUGCUAGCCAUGUUGCUUUACCAUUUUGAUUGGAAGUUACCUAAUGGGACUGGACCUCAAGAAUUGGACAUGGAUGAGACUUUUGGCUUAGUAGGGAGGAGGAAGAAUGACUUGCAAGUAAUUCCUUUGCUAUACACUUUCUCAGGUUUCAAAUGAUAUGAUGGUCUUUUCGUUGCUAUAUAAAUAAACCAUCUUGGCUUUAUGAGCAAUGGAAAUAGUCUAAUACAACGUAUUUUCUUUCAAAUAAGUGAUUUGUGGUCAAUUUUUAUUACUUGUAAUAUUUACAUGUAUGUUUAAUUAUUAAGGGUCUUUUGUUUUA